GACGACCUGGUGUGCGCCGCGGGCGCCGGGGCGGGGUUCGGGGCCGGAGGGCUGCCGUACGGCUACUUCCUCGACGCCUGCUUCCUCUGCCGGAAGCCGAUCGCCAGCAACCGCGACAUCUUCAUGUACAGAGGGGACAUCGCGUUCUGCAGCGAGGAGUGCAGGACGGAGCAGAUGGAGGCGGACGAGGAGAUGGAGAGGAAGGAGAAGAGCGCGUCCGCCAAGAAGCUGUCGCAGAGGCCGCCGUCCCUGGGCGAGGUGGAGUCCCCGCCGCGGCCGCGCAAGACGAGGGCCGGCUCAAUCCUCGCCGGCUGACACUGCUCCUUUUCCCCCAGGCCAAGACCCCCCAUCACCACCACCACCACCACCACCACCAGAAGAACGAAAGAAAAUUACCGACCGCUUAAUUACUUACAGCCAGCCAGCCAGCCAGUGACAUAUAUGGGUUUGUGUUUUUUGUUUGAACCCCUUGCGCCUUCGGUGGUGCUGCGUUGCGACCAUGCAUGGUUUUUGCGCCUGCAGCAGCAGCAGCAGCCUGUAUCAGUGACGAACAUGUAUAGGUUAGAGACGGACUGAAGGGAAACGGUGGCCAGUGCCUGCCGGCCAUUGGGAGUUACUGCCGCUUCCUAUGCUGGGACUGUGCUGUCAGGGGUUACCCGGGCUCUGUUCUUAAUUAUUUUCCUUUGUGUUUUGUAGUAGUUGUUGGUGAACGGUGAUGGUGGUGGCGGUGGGUUUAAGGUUUUUCUAAUGAAGCGGAUGGAACAUAUGGGUAAAGAAGAAACUGACAUGUGGGUGACCGAAUCCCCGACUUUUUCACCGUGUAUCAGCGGGUCCUGUCAAAGAUCUUGCGAGUUGUGCGUGUGUUGACGGAGGAAGCCGUCGGUUUUUGGCCGGCUCUCCUUACUAAUUUGCUGCUGGUAUAAUAAUAACUCUCUGAUGUCU